AUGGGCCGUGGAAAGCAUCACGGUCGGGGUCGCGGUGGCGGUGGAAGAGGAAGAGGCGGUGGUGGUAGAGGAAGAGGUGGCGGCAGAGGAGGAGGCAGCCGGCAGUAUCAAGACGAUCGAGUGUCCUUUCAAGAUGUGAAGAAAUCCAACGAGAAGCUCGAGCAGUACUACAACGCCCUCAACAUCGUCCCUUCGGACGAGAAAGAGGCAUUCUGGGCCGCUCUCCGUCGCGAGCUGCCCAAUUCAUGGCGCUUCACGGGAAGCAAAGGCCACGCCAUCAACGUGCGAUUGGGCUUCGAAGAGCGAUUCUUCCCGCGCCUCAAGGAGAUCAUGCACAAUGGCGAGCCCGUCGACCUCCCCAAAUCGAUGCCUUGGUAUCCAGAGGGCUUGGCAUACAGCAUGACUACGCCAAAGAACGUCGUGCGCAAGUAUGAGCCGUUCAGAGAGUUCCAGAAGUUCCUAGUCAGCGAGACUGGUGUGGGCAACAUCUCCCGUCAAGAGCAAGUGAGCAUGAUCCCGCCUCUCUUGCUGGACGUGCGCCCAGAGCAUUCGGUGCUGGAUCUUUGCGCGGCACCAGGAAGCAAGAGUGCGCAGUUGGUGGAGGCAAUCCAUGCUGGGGAGGAGGAGCGUGUUGGACGUGCCAUUGGUGCUGCUAAGGGCGACACCUUGAAUGGUGUCAGCGUUCAAGGAGGAGCUAUCCAAGAUAACGGACGAGCCACUGGUUUGCUCGUAGCCAACGACGUCAACUAUUCGCGAGCGCAGAUGCUGGUGCAUCAGGUAAAGCGUCUCAACUCGCCGAAUCUUCUCGUCACGAACCACGAUGCCACCAUGUUCCCGUCGAUCGAGCUCCCUACUCCUUCACCGCAACCAGGGCAGCAGAAGAAGGGAAAAUACCUCAAAUUCGACCGUAUUCUGGCAGACGUUCCGUGCAGCGGCGAUGGAACGCCCAGAAAGAAUCCUGGCAUCUGGAAAGACUGGUCACCACAAAACGCACUCGGUCUCUACAUUACUCAGACCCGCAUCCUCACUCGCUCACUACAAAUGCUCAAGACUGGAGGUCGAGUCGUGUACAGCACGUGCUCCAUGAAUCCCAUCGAGAACGAAGCUGUCGUCUCCUCCGCAAUCGAGCGAUGCGGUGGCGUUGCAAAGGUGAAGCUCUUGGACUGCAGCGACCAACUUCCACGCCUCUCGCGCAAACCCGGGCUCGAAGACUGGCUUGUUAUGAGCCGCGAUGGAAACAUGUAUGAAUCUUUUGCCGAAGCCAUGGGUCGUGAAUCCGAGGGCAGCAAGAUCGUUCCAGGCAUGUUUGCUCCGGAGCCGGAAGAGGAGAUUCCACUCAAGCACUGUAUGCGAGUUUAUCCGCAUCAGCAGGAUACCGGUGCAUUCUUCAUCGCCGUGCUAGAAAAGCUCAGCGAAAUCCGGGCCAAGCCAGAAAGCGAAAGCAAGAGCAUGAAGAAGGACUGGGCGUUCACAAAGCCUGCAUCGGAGGAGUCAAAGCCUGUGGAAGAGCCGAAGACCAUGGUUGGAGGACUCAUCGAUGAGAUUGAACACCCACAGCCACCCGCGCAGACUGCAGGCGAUGGAUCAUCUGCAGCUGCAAGGCAGAACAAGAUGGAAGGCGACGUCGAUACUGGUGCUGGAACUAAGAGAAAGGCGCCGGAUGGGCAUGAGGAGAGCUCCCCCAAGCGAGCAAGAGUUGAUGGAGAUCUGGGUGAGGAAGACGUGCAGAUGGAAGAUACCAACGUCCGGCAGCCACCGCCUGCUGUAGAGAUGGCAGUGGAAGCAGCCGAAGCAGACUCGGAAAUGGCAGCGAAUGGUACCGCCUUGAACGGCAGCGGUUCAUCAGCUCCACAAUCGGCACCUACUGUGGACAAGGACGUCCAGCCACCGCCUCGAAAGCGCCGAAGAGACGACCAGCCUUCCAACGAGGAAGCUUUCAAAUACCUCGACCCCAACCACCCAGAGCUACAGUCGAUCUACGCUUUUUACGAACUCGACGAAUCAUUUCCGCGAGAUCGCUUCCUGGUCCGCAACCCAGCCGGCGACCCAGUCAAAGGCAUCUAUUAUUCUUCCCAGCUGGUCAAGGACAUCUUGGUAGCGAACGAAGGCCGGGGCAUGAAAUUUGUGCAUGGUGGUGUCAAGAUGUUUAUGAAGCAGGAUGUGCAAGGCCAGCCGGGAGUAUGCCGCUGGCGGAUACAGACAGAAGGACUGCCCAUCAUCGAAGGGUGGCUUGGUGAACGGAGGACCGUCCGGCUGUAUAAGCGGACCACGCUGAGAAAGUUGUUGGUGGAGAUGUUCCCAAAGAUUGGGCAUGAAGACUCCGCUGAUGGCACCGGCUGGAAGGCGCUGGGGGAAAUUGGCGAGCAAUGCCUGAAGAUGGGCAUGGGUUGCUGUGUGCUCCGUGUGGAAGCCAGCGAGGACGAAGAUGGCUUCCAGGAGUCCAUCGUCCUUCCGCUGUGGAGAAGUUUGCACUCGUUGAAUCUGAUGCUGCCGAAGGAAGACCGAAAGGCCAUGCUGUUGCGACUCUUCAAUGAAGACGUCGAGCUGGUCAACCACAGUGCACAAGCAACGAGAGCAGGUCAGGGUGGCGCACCUCAAGCAGGCAGCCUUCCGGCUGAAGAUGACGCCAAGGAGCUGCAGCGCAAGAUACGAGACGCUCCGGAUGAUGGUGGUAUCGUGAUUGGAGCAGACGCUGGGGAAGAUGCUGCGGCAGAGGGUCCAUCUUCACGCGAUGAGCAGCUCGCUGACAUGGCCGCCGAUGAGGACGAUGUCUUGGCCGAUGACGAUGCUCGCAAGCUGGACAUGGAGGCGGUCGAGGAUGAAGAUACCAAGAUUGCUGCUGCUAUGCCAGAACGGGUGGGAGAGGGUGAUCGCGUCAACACCACCGUAUAG